UUCUCUCAAGCAUUAAAUCCUAAGUGGGUUCUGGGUUGUGUCGAUUUGGCAGGUCCUGGGCAGUUUUUAUUGCAUCCUUGCCUAUGAUGGAGAACGGUUUUGUUUGAGGAUUCAAUUCAUAUCAUCCGGUCUGCUUUAUUAAGUAAGAGUAAUUUUGUUUGACUCGCCAAUUGAUAUGAUAAGGCCUACUCUAUGGUCUAGCUAUUCCAUACUGGUGGAUCAAACCACAUUUUCUGAGAUUUGUCUUUGAGCCAUAUUUGCUAGUGAGAAUAUAACGUAAGCAGGGACUGCUUCCCUAGCCUGCAAAUUUUAGUGGAGGGGCACAAUCUGAGUUGUGGGAUGGCUCGGAACAACGGUUUAGAGAAAAUGACAUCUAUAGAUGCUCAGAUGAGGCUUCUUGUUCUGGGUAAAGUGUUUAAAGAUGACAAGCUCAUCGAAUAUGAUGCCCUUCUAUUGGAUCGAUUUCUUGAUAUCCUGCAGGACUUACGUGGAGAAGAGACCAAGGAGACGGUGUGUAAAUUGUUCCUUUCUUACUGCUUAAUGUUUUUAGUUCUUUGGAGCUUUUAACUACAUUCUAUUCUUGCUUUACUUUCUUGGAAAUGCACUAGUCAUUCCCUUUC